AAGUCCACAUGUAUAGUCUCCCGCCUUCCAAUCCUGGCUGCUUCCGCUUUCGUCGGAGCUCCAUCCCCUCGACACCGGCGCGGCUCCGGAAAGCUACCGAAGUGUACCCGAGGGUGGUGAGCAGAGCUCCGGGAUCGGGGAGUAGGGCCUCACGUCGGACGGGCGGACGGGCGUGAUGGGCGCCGGUCUCGCCUCUCCCUGCCCCUGCCUCUCAGAGCAGGUGCAGGCUUGGGAUUCCCAUCUGUUUAUGAAGGGCAUUCAAGAGCCAACAGAUGACCAGGAAAUGGUGGUGGCUCUUGGUGCAGUGGAAUCUCAGGGACUGGUGGUCUUUGAGGAUCUUGCUGUGUAUUUCUCCCAAGAGGAGUGUAUUCAUCUUCACCCCAUUCAGAAGGAACUCCACUCAGACAUCAAGCAAGAUAGUUUCAUGGAUGUGAUUCCACUGGCAGGAGAUGGAAAUAAAGAGGAGAAUCUUCAGCAAGAGAAUGCAGAGAGUAUAGUAUCUCAAGAAGUGUCUCCAACUCUGAUUUCUGAGCUGGGAAAAGUUACUAUGGAUGAAUCGAGAAGGCCUGAAGGGAGAAGACUAGGUUUAUCCCAAGAAAAGAGAUUUAUAAGCCUUUUAAUUACCAUUGACAAUCCGCCAUUAAGAGAAUUAUCUGAAUGCAUAGAAAACAUAUUUUUUGAGAGGGAUAUUUACCUCCCAGAGCUAGGUGUAGCAACAGCCUACAGAUGUCAUGAAUGUGGUAAAAAUUUCACUAAAAGCUCACGACUUACUUCACAUCAGAGAAUUCACACAGGAGAAAAGCCUUAUGAAUGUGCUGAUUGUGGAAAGAGUUUUACUCAGAGAUCUACCCUUACUACUCAUAGGAAAAUUCACCUGGCCGAGAGACCAUACCAGUGUGCUCACUGUGGGAAAACUUUUCGCCGAAGUACACAUCUUCUCCAACAUGAGACUAUCCAUACAAGAGAGAAACCCUAUAAAUGUGACCAAUGUGGGGAAAGCUUCACUUGGAACUUCCAAAUUUUGCAACAUCAGAAAGUGCACACAGGUGGGAAGCCCUAUAAAUGUGUCUUGUGUGAGAGAAGUUUCCGUCGGAACUCAGACCUUACCACUCAUCAGCGGAUCCAUACUGGAGAGAGACCCUUCAAGUGUGUAGAAUGUGGGAAAAGUUUCAGUCAGAGAUCAAAUCUUAUUACUCAUAAUAGGACACAUACAGGAGAAAAACCUUAUAAGUGUGUUAACUGUGGGAAAAUUUUCCGACGCAGUUCACAUCUUACUCGACAUGAAAUUACCCAUACAAGAGAGAAAAUCUAUACAUGUAAUGAAUGUGGGAAAACCUUCACUGUACAUAUUGAGCUUGUGAGGCAUCAAAAGAUUCACGAAAAAGAGAAGCCCUAUUGCUGUAACAAGUGUGGGAAAAGUUUCAGUUGGAGAGCAGACUUCAUUACUCACCAGAGACUCCACUCGAGAGAAAAAAUUUAUAAGUGUUUCACAUGUGAAAAAAGUUUUGGACUGAAUUCUCACCUUAUUAUUCAUGAGAGAACCCACAUAGGAAAAAAACGCUAUCAGUGUACUGAGUGUGAUAAAAGUUUCUGUAGAAAUUUUGACUUCACUGUUCAUCAGAGACUCCACACAGGAGAGAGACCCUAUAACUGUGGCAGCUGUGGGAAAAACUUUAGUCGGAAUUCCCAUCUCAUUCGGCAUAGGAAGAUCCACAUUCGGGAGAUAUUAUAUUCUUAGAAGCAAUUUCCAAUAUUUUGGCUUUUACAUCUUUGGAGACUAAUGAAUAUCACAUAACAAUUUCUAACAAAAUAGACCCUCCAGAAAUAAAAAAAUGUACAAUUUGAUCAUAUUGAAGCAUUUAUAGUUUUCUGGGUUUUUUUCUGUUUGUUGUUUUUUUUUUCUGAUGAUUUUACUAUUUGAAAUGCUUGAAAAAAGGAUUUGUGAAACUGGGUGGGUAAGAUUUUGCAAUAUCAAAUAUUAGAUUUGAUUCUGAAAUAAGCAUUUUUAUUUUUAAUUAAUUAAUUAACUAAGAAUAUUUUCCCAUGGUUACAUGAUGCAUGUUCUUUCCCUCACUCCUCCCUGAGCUAAUGAGCAAUAAAAUGAGCAUUUUUAUAAAUUAAA